AUGGUUGAGACGGUCUUCAACAUCGACUCUGGAUCCGAAUUUGCAGACGCAUCCACCAGUGGCCGAGAUAACAGAACUAGAUUGCCUUCGAUACAUCAGCUCACAAUGUCGACGACUUCGUAUCGGAAGAGUUUGAUGCUGGAGGAGCAGCAACAGCAACAAGAACACCAUCGUCAUCAUCAUCUGCAUCAGCCGAGAGACAAUUUUAGAGGUCCAUUUCUACAUCCAGGUAAUGGCUACAGCCUGCAUGAAAACAGUAGCCAGAUUUCGCAGUUACCAGAAGAAGCACUUAUGGAUUACCAAGAAACGGAGCAAGUUGCUUCUGGAAAGCUGCGCUUGCCCAAACGAUAUUUUUGCAAAACGUGCAACCAGGGCUUCACUCGAAAACACAAUAUGGUGAGCCACGAGCUCAUUCAUUCGUCGCUAAAGCCCCAUAUCUGCACCAAUUGCAACAAGAAUUUCAGACGGAUCCAUGACCUCAAGCGGCAUGAAAAGUUGCACACGGGAGAAAAGCCGUUUAGUUGCGAAAAAUGCUCGCGAAGGUUUGCUCGGCCAGAUGCCUUGACGCGGCACCGCAACUCCGCCAAUGCUUGCACUGGCACUAUAGCUCCCAUAAACGACACCACCACCACCACUGGUGACGUUAGUGUUAGUCUGGAUUUGCACAGACCAGCGUUGUCGACAAAGCAGAGAUUAGACGACGACCCUAAUGGCGAGCCCAUAUCUUCUGGCUCUGAGAACAACUCCUCGAUAUUCAGCAACAGUGGCCAUAGCGCAACUUCAGGAAGCGGGCAUUCUAUCCAUUCGAGCCGCUCCGACCCAACAACCGUGCCCACGCUUCAGAAACUUGGGAUUUCACCUACCGAAGGCAACACCACUGGUGAACAACAGCAACAGCAGCAGCAGCAUGGGGUAGUUGGUCGAAGAAACUCGAUACCGCAGCAACUUCCUCACCUAAGCGGAGUUUCUGUCUUGGCCCAGCAUCUGAUUUUCCCAAUUCCCAACCAUCCUUUUGCUCAAAGCAAUUUCUACAAGUCGCAAUCGCGGCCAUCGCUUCCCAUACCCUAUAUCAAUGGUACCACCAUCCAUUCAGGUCGAGUCGAAACCUUGAUAAGCCAGCCUGCAUUUUCUUCCAAUCCAGCUAGUUAUUCCAAUAAUAGCCGGCCGCAGCAAAAUUUCAGCUCGUCCACCAUCAUGGUGCCUUCACUUCUGCACGUUGGCUCGAUUUCCAAUGAUAAAAAUCUCCAUACAAUUAGUCUCCGCUCUGAGUCGAAUCCCGGUAGCAGUACCAACGCCAAUGCCACAUCUGGAUCCAUGCUGGGGCAUGUCGCUGCCAAAGCACUACAAAAAUCUCCACAAGCCCUGCAAAGCUUGUUGGAAGUUUCAUUACAGCCGCACACAAUUGCAAAUCAGAGCCGCGGAUCCACAAUUGGUCCAAUCACCUCCCUGGGAGACGAAGGUAAAUCCAAAUCGAACCCGAGACGAAGCAAUCUCCAGAAUAGCAGCGAACCGCGUGAUUAUUUCAGUCCAAUAGAAGCUCAUGAGAGCAUUGCUAGACAUCUGCCCAGUACCCUUUUGGUGAUGAAUGGAAAUUACGAAAAAAAUGAAGCACAUCCACCAAGCGAUCUACCGCACCUGCAACCACAACUACAACAUCAUCACCACGAGUCGAGCAUCAGUAAUGAAAGACCGAACAACCUGGACAAACCCGCAGCAAACGACUCGGCACGAAAAGAGGAAAACCUCAUCCCCGCAUCCCAAUACCAUUCAUUGGUUGAGUAUACACAGUCAUUGGAGCAUAACCUCACAAGACUACAAUCGAGAUUGCACGACAUGGAACAAAAGACCAAUCUCAGUACCCCGGAAAGUUCCUAA